AUGGCGGCAGUCGCUGGGCGUACCCACACAUCCCGUAAAAGCAAAACCUCGGGAAAAAGCACCUCCGACGGCAGCCCCCGCAUGUUGGAGCAUAAUCCCCUGCAACACUGCCACGUGAAGGGGCAGCGGAUCCCACAAAGGCCGCAGUUGUUGGGGUCGGAAGUCACAUCCACGCAGCGGUUCUGGCAGCAGCACCGCCGGAUACUUGGGGUGUCGUCCUGGCGGCACAUCCACGGCCUCUGGCGGCAGCCCGUCUGCCGGGGAUUCUUGAUUGUAGUGGUGGUGGUGGUGGUGUUGGAGGGGUUUUCUGGUGUGGCAACGGAGUGUAGGAGGAGGAGAAGGAUUAGGAGGACGGUGAGCUUGGGGAUGAAGGGUAAACCUCUUAUGUAUGGCUCUACACUUAUUGAGUUUGGACUUAUAGUUGUCAUGCAAAUUGUGUUGGCAUCAGUUAACGUCAGACGUUAUAUUAUGUUUAAUUCUAAGCUCAUUCAUGAGACUAGAAAGAACCUCACCUUCCAACUCCAACGCCACCUCAUCAUUCUCCCGAUCGAACGAUCUCCACUCGUCCGAUUUUUCCAUGUCCUUAACAAGUCUAGGAGCAAUUUGUCUGCCUUCAUUUUGAUGCCGGGCGAUAAUAGUAAACUAUUUUCCAUUUCGUUGAGUAAGUUCAGUGCCUUUUGUUGUGCUCGGUUUUCGUCUUCUUCUUCAUCAAGUUGUUCGUCUUCGAUUUCCGAAAUGAAAUAUAAGAUAUUACAAGGGGUGAAAGUGGAAAUUACCAUCUGUACAAUCGAGCCGGUGUCGAUAAGGAGAGGAAACCUCGUCAUCAUCGUCAAAUGGACAGUCGAGCACUGA